GAGGGAAUCCACAGCCCGCGGACGGCUCUUCCUUACAAGGACAUGAACGAGAGAAACCUGCUUCUACACAACCCGAGGAAUGGAAAUAUUUUUAUUUUUAUUCCACUUGAACAACAGUUUUUCCUCUGAUGUCCACAGAAACCUUCGCGGUUCGACCCGACGGAGCGCAUUUUUACCGCUGGGGAGCAGAAUGGAUGUAAAACACCGACACUAGACUCAUUGUGUCAAAGAGACAAAAACAAGACAAAUAACGGCAGCCGGGCUUGUGUUUGUCACUGAAUGAGCGCUGAAUGCUUUGCGGGAAAAGCACCUUUAGACUUUAUUAAAGCCAUAUUUAUUGUUGUUGCCUGUGGCGGGAUGCGACCGCGUCGUGCUGCCCCGUGAGGUAUAUAAAAAAUAAUAAACCAAGAACAUUCAGGGACAAAUAUGGAUGAAGUUCAGGACGUCAGGGAUGUAAAGAAGAUCUUCGUUGCUCCAGCAAUAAAGUCUUACGAGCACUACGACUUCUCCAGAGCCAAAAUCUGUUGCAGCCUCACGUGGCUGGUGGCCAAAGCCUACGGGACAGACAGCAUCCCAGCAGACCUUAGGGACCCCUUCUACACUGACCAGUAUGACCAGGAGCAUCUCAAGCCGCCUGUAGCCAGCCUACUGCUGUCUGCAGAUUUCUACUGCAGGGCUGGAAGCCUCAUCCUAAAGAGUGAUGCAGCCAAACCCCUGCUGGGUCACGACGCUGUCAUCCAAACGCUAGCGGAGCGAGGCCUCUAUGUCACUGACCAAGAGCGACUGGUGACCGAGAGGGACCUCAGAAAAAGGCCUCUUCAAAUGAGUGCCCAUCUAGCAAUGAUCGACACACUGAUGAUGGCGUACACAUUGGAGACGGUGAGCGCUGAGAAGGUCAUUUCGUGUAUUCAGCAGUAUUCAUCCUGCAGCCCUGAGGUCGAAACACCAUAUGACACAGAGGAUGCGAUUACUACCUGGAUCAACAAGAUAAAUGAGUAUCUGAAAGACAUUAUGACUGAAGAGCAGAGGAAGAAGGAUACGCAGAGUGCCGAGCCUGCUGAGAAUCCUCGGUCUCCAACCAGGUGGUACAUGAAGCUUGUGCCUGCUCGCUACAGGAAGGAGCAGGCCUCAACCCAGCCGAUUCCUUGGAUCCCCCCUGUGGACAACCUGCUGAAAGACAACACUGACGGCGCUGCGUUGGGUGCACUGCUGCACUUCUAUUGCCCACAGCUGCUUUCGUUGGAUGAUGUCUGUCUGAAGGAGAACAUGACGCUGGCUGAUCGCCUCUACAACCUGCAGCUCAUACAAGACUUCUGCAAAGACAACCUGAACAGCUGCUGCCACUUCAGCCUGGAGGACAUGCUCUACGCAUCCUCUACUGUCAAGAAUAACUACCUGGCGUUUAUGGCUGAGCUGUUUUGUUGGUUCGAGGUGGUUAAGCCAUCUUUUGUGAAACCAAGACAUCUGGACAGUGAAGGCACAGAGCCAUUCUUGUUGAAGAACAUGCCUGUAGUUCCCAUCUCCAAAGCGACAAAGAGGAGCUUCAUGGAAAGGCCUCCAAGUCCUGAAAGACCCAGUUUGCCCCUCCGGCCCCAGCCUCGUACCUCAGGAGAAAUCAAGAGAUCGACCUCAAUGUCCUUUGUUGAUGGCAACCUUGGCACAUGGCCAAAAGAGAAAAGGUCUGGGCCUUAUGGGGUGUCUUUUGACAUUCCCUUUGACAAAGAUGACUACCCUGCUGCUCCCCUUUCCUCAUCCCGUGGCAUGGUCCGUUCUGUCAGCACCGAUGAUGGUUCUGGCUUCAAGGUCCACCAACUGCCUCGUGGAAUGAAGCGCAACUUGUCCUUUCAGCCUGUGAAUGGCCAAAGUGUUGGCAUUAAUGAGGAAGGCUGCCCAGAUAGCUUAGCUGGCAUGGAGCCUGGAAGUCUUCCUGCAGGAGGGGUCUACCCCAGUGGACACAGAAGUGUCAUACCAGCAGCUCCCUCAAUGGAAGAGGCCCUCAAAAUCAUUCACAGCUCUAUUCGGCCUCCAGUGGAGGGAAUCAACAACGGCUUUUUCUUACAUAGUCAGGACCAUGGGCUGGGUGCAGCUACCUUGGAACCAGUGUCUGAGUUGGAGUCUAAAGAGUCUGUGAGCACCACAGACACUACAGAGGUGGACACUGGCAUCCAUAUCAGAACAGAAGACAUGCUGGAUGAGGACUCCUCUCUGAAAGACUGCUCUGUGAACAUGGAGCUGGAUAUGGACACACCAAGCCCUUGCCCAAGCAGUCAGAGCAAAUCCCCUUCAGGUAUGAAGAUGACCAGCUUUGCAGAACAGAAGAAGAAGAAACUUAAUCCACCAGCACCAGAUUCAGGGAGAGGCAGCAGCAGCUCCCUCAAGACAACUCCAGAGGGUUCUGAGUUUGGUCUCCCCUUAUCAGUGUCUUGGGCCCCCACGCCUGAACAUAGCCCCAUCCGUCAACAAAACACACCACCCCUCACUGCUCAGGCAUCACCCACACCUAUACAACUGCCACCUAAUGACCCUGCCCAGGCCAUGGCUACAGAAAUGGUACAGCUUCGGAUGCGCUUGGAGGAGAAACGGAAAGCCAUUGAAGCACAGAAGAAAAAGGUGGAGGCUGCUUUUACAAGGCAUCGUCAAAGGAUGGGUCAAUCAGCAUUCCUCACUGUGGUAAAGAGAAAAGGAGAUGGAGCUGCAAGUGGAGCAGAAGAGGAAGGCACAACAGUGGAGGAGAAAGGAAUGAUAAAUACAAGUCCUACCUUCAAAAUGGGCCGAAAUAAGGCAGAUACGCCUGAUGGUGCAGAGCAAGGCAACACAAGCUCCUGUUGGCCAAAGUUGGGUGGUGAAGGAGAGGAGGGUGGGCCGAAUCCUGCUCAGCUGACUGAAGUAGACCUUGCAGAGUAUACACGUUCUAUUGAGAAACUAAACCAUUCAUUAGCCUUUCUUCAAACUGAAAUGCAACGAUUGGCCCAGCAACAGGAAAUAAUCAUGGCCAUGAGGGAGCAAAAGCAUCAGCAGGCAUGGGUCAUCCCCGCACCACAUACAAGCCCUUCAUCACAAAAACAGUGUCGAACUGUCGCUGUUACUCGAUCCUCAGGACCAUCUUCUCCUGCUGACUCCCCUCAUUCAACCCACCGCUCUCCAACCAGCAUCAAACGCAAAUCUGCAUCUUUCCAUUCACGUAAUCCCCGCACCCCUCGGCCAAGUGAGCUCAAACUGGCCCCCUACAGCCGUGUCCUAACUGCUCCACAAUGUGUUGAUAAUAUCCCCAGGUUACGGCGGUUUUCUCCUUGCCAGCCAUUGGCAGAUUCCUUUAUUUACAUGGGUGAAAAGCUGGUAACAGACAAUCCAGAGACAGUAGCCACAAACAUAGAAAAAAACAUGAAGGUGGAGUCACUCUUUUCUUCUGAGAGGGAACUUGCCAUUGCAUGUGUAGCCAACUCACCACCCUUGUCCCCAACCUGUGAUGCCAAGCAGAAGCACAAAACAGUACACUAUAAUGCCCAAACCCAAGAAAAUAUUCAACUACAAACAAACAUCACUGAUAUGGACAAGUGUAACCAGGAACUCAAAGUUCAGAAGCCAGUUGUAGAUCUCAAACCAACCGUAGAGUCAACAUUUGCUGAGGUGCUGGCCCAGCCAGUGAUUGAGACCUUCACUGUGACACCAACAGCGAAUCCUCCUCAGCCAGGAUCCCCAGAUCAAGCCAAAAGCAGCUUGAUUGAGGUACCUCUCUCAAUUCUGAAGCCACUGGAAGAUCUUGUGCUAGAAGAUGGAUUGGAGAUGCAGCCAGGUUGCAUGGAAGGUCUCGAUGAUGACCAGAAAAUGUGUCGUGGCUUUUUUUUCAAGGAGGAAGGAAAAGCUGAGGAGAACAUGGCUCAAAAGAGAGCGGUGCUGCUGGAGAAAAGGAUGAGGAGGGAGAAGGAGAGCCAACAGAGGAAGAUGCAGAUUGAAGCUGAGUUGGAGCAGAAGAAGGAGGAAGCUCGACUGAAAGCAGAGGAGGAGCGCAUCAGGAAAGAGGAAGACAAGGCUCGGAGGGAGUUCAUCAAGCAGGAGUACCUCAGGAGAAAGCAACUCAAGCUGAUGGAAGACAUGGACACAGUCAUUAAAUCUCGACCAGCUAGCGGGGCCAAACAGAGGCGUAGCCGGCCCAAAUCCAUCCACCGGGACAGCAUGGACUCCCCUAAAACCCCAAUCAGAGCUGCCACAGGUUCAUGUCAACGUGUUUUUUCAGUCUCCAGCUUGUCCUUGGCUUCCCUCAACUUGGGAGACAGUGACAGUGUUCAUUCUGAGAAGAGAGCGUCAAGAAGUGCUAGUUUAGCCCCUGGCGGUCUCUUCUACUUUCUGAGCUCUCCUAAUCUGAGAAGGAGAAGACCAGACUCUGCGGACGGUUGUCUGUCCCCAAGUCGAUCCAGCAGCAGGAAUGGAGAAAAGGACUGGGAAAAUGCAUCCACAACCUCCUCUGUUACCUCCAACACAGAGUACACGGGACCAAAGUUGUACAAGGAGCCCAGUGCCAAAUCUAACAAACACAUCAUCCAGAAUGCACUGUCCCACUGCUGCCUCGCGGGCAAGGUCAACGAAACACAAAAGAACAAAAUCCUGGAGGAAAUGGAAAAAUCAGAGGCCAACAACUUCUUGGUUUUGUUCCGAGAUGGUGGCUGCCAGUUCCGUGCUCUCUACACCUACUGCCCCGAGACAGAAGAGAUCAACAAGCUGGCAGGCAUCGGCCCGAAGGGCAUCACACGAAAGAUGAUCGACGGGCUCUACAAGUACAACUCGGACAAGAAGCAGUUCAGCCAGAUACCAGCAAAGACCAUGUCGGCCAGCGUGGAUGCAGUGACCAUUCACAGCCACCUCUGGCAAACCAAGAAGCCGGCCACCCCAAAAAAAGUAGUGCCUGCCCAGUCCUAAAUGAAGUCCAAACAUAACCUUUUUCCCCACCAAUGAAACAAACCUAUUUGAGUUUGCACUUCACUGUACAUAACCAUGAAGAUUCAAACACCUGCAACACCGGGUUAGAUGAAUGCAUUAGUGUCGUUUUUAUGUUUGUCUGUUUAUCCUCUUGUUUCUUCCCAUCUUCUUUUCCCGACACCAUCUUGGACACAAGACUCUGUCCUAGAAGAUUCUGAUCAACUGGAAUGUAUGUCACUAUUGACGAAUGAUGUGAAAGUUUUUCCUUACGUGUUUUUACAUAUUGACUUUGUCUUUUUAGCAACGUGUGAGUGUGUACGCUGCUCUUUCCUUUGUGCCAAAUGUUCAAACAAACAAAAAACAGACAAUAUGAAUGCGAGGACGUUUUACGUGGUAUACUGAAGCGCUGACUAUUUUGAGGUGGUGUACACGUUUAUUUUAGUUGGUUAUUAUUCGAAUGAUAGGUGCCGUUAGCCACGUUUUGCUUGAGUGUGCCGCAGUACAACAACGUGAUUAUAAAGCAGCACGUGGACAUUUUUGUAUUCAAGGAAGACUUUUUUCUCUGUUGAUAAAACAGUUUGUAUAUUAUAGUGCAUAAAAGUGCAAAGGGCCAAAUAAAAGCUAAUUGCAUACAGCUAGUGUUUGCCACACAGUACAUGUGUGUUCAGCACAACAAAGCCAAGCGGUUUCAGCUUUUUUCAAAAUGCAUUUUGAGAAUAGUAAAGAAUACAAAACAUUGUAGAUCUGUGGUUACUAACCUUUGGACACCUGCAGAGGAGUUGAGCUAUAAUAUUGGUUGUGUGUUGGGGGGGUUGCUGUCAUAUUUGUAUUUCCAAAAUAUUAAUUUGUAAAGACAUAGAAAAAUACUGAAACCUGGAAACCUUUUUAUCCAGUUACGGUAAGAACAACUGUCUGCAAGUGGAAAUAAAAGCCAGUUAUCCUCACACAAAA